AUGUUCGCCAAGCUCUUCGCCAUCGUCCUCGCCAUUGCGUCUGUCGCCCAGGCCGCGCCCUGCAACGGUGCUGCCCGCGUGAUCCAAAACUGCGAGGUUUCUGGCACCGUCGCCCUUACUUUUGACGACGGACCCGCCGGUUACGACCUUCAGAUCGCCAACAGCCUCAACGGCGGCAAGGGUACCUUCUUCGUUAACGGUAACAACUGGGCCUGUAUCUACGACAAGGCCGACGAGCUCAAGGGCCUCUACGCUGGCGGCCACACGAUCGGUUCGCACACGUGGUCGCACGCUGAUCUCGCGCGUCUCAACUACAACCAGAUCAACGACGAGCUCGCCAAGGUCGAGGACGCCAUGAUCAAGAUUCUCGGCGUGCGCCCCAUCUACUUCCGCCCCCCCUUCGGAAGCUACAACGACCUCGUGAUCCAGGUCCUCAAGGACCGCGGGUACAGCAAGCUGUUCAUGUGGACCGACGACACUGAGGACGGGAACCGCAACGGUGAGGACGUGCCGUUCGCCAAGAGUGUCUACGACCGCAUUACGCGCGACUUCCCCAAGCCCCACCUGGUUCUUAACCACUCGCCGUACUCGAGCACUGCCAACCAGGUCGUCCCCUACGCCGUUGGAAAGCUCCAGGGCGCUGGGUACAAGCUCCAGACCGUCGACCAGUGCCUCGGCAGCGCCGGCGAGUGGCCUUACAUCUACGUUGGCCAGCCCGGCAACCGCGACUCGUCGUGGAAGUGCUAA